CUCCAGCAAGGAUUGUGGCUUGAUCAGGGGCGGGGCCUAGGCUCGGGCAGGCUUUCCGGGUUUUAAACUUGGCUUCCUCCAUCCCGCCCUCUCCUGCUCCUGGGCUCCUGCGCAGCUUGUCCUGUCCCGGAGGAGGGACGCCUUCUGGGACCCCCCAGACCUGGGAUGGAGAGCCUGGAGGAGUGCGGAGAGGACGCGGGGCUGCAGCCCGGCAAGCCCGCCCAGGCCUCUGUGACGUUCAAGGAUGUGGCCGUGGACUUUACCUGGGAGGAGUGGAGGCUCCUGGACCCUCCCCAGAAGGAGCUGUACUGGGAGGUGAUGCUGGAGAACUACAGGAACCUGGUCUGCCUGGGCCUUGCUGAUUCAAACAAGGAUGUGAUGAUCUCUGAGCUGGAGUCAGGGGAACCACAUUGGAAUCCAACUGGUGUUGUCCUAAGAAGCUGCUGGCCAGGUUGGGAAUCAAGGCCACAGACCAAGGAGUCAGCUCCCAAGAUGAGUAUUUCUGUGAAAGUCUUAUUCCAGGAAAAUUUCUUGGAGGAUGAUCCAAGGAUCUGCAAGAUGGAGAAAGCCUGGGAGUGUCAUGGCCGGUUGAAGAAAAAGCAGAGCAUGGAGGAGAAACCUUCUAGAGGAAUAAAAAUAAUCCAAGCAGAAUCUCCCAAUGAGGCUGGAGGCUCUGAAUAUGGUAAAUACAGUCAGACCUCUAGCCCAGAGCCAGGCCUUUUUCCACAACAGGGAGCAUCUGUAGUUAUGCAGGGCCAGAAAGGAGAUAACCAGAGAGGGAGUUCCACCAUGUAUUUGAACCAAGGACAAAGUGAUCAAAUCCAUUCCAGGAAGAAACGUCGUAAGUUUAACAAAUGUCAGAAAGUGCUGGGUCCUGAUUUGGGCUGCAUAAAAAAACGUGGAAUUCUUUCAGAAGAGAAAGUUCAUGAAAGGGAGAAUUCAUUCCCUUGUAUUAAUGAACUUGGUCCACACCAGACAACAGAUCGGGGAAAAAAGUGUAAUGAACUAACUAAACAGAGGAAGACAGGUCCUGCUGAACAUUACUCUCAUCGUCAGAGUACAGAGAGACGGUACAAAUGCAGUGAAUGUGGAAAGGCCUUCCAGCAAAAGGGGGCUCUUAAAGCACAUUACAGAAUCCAUACUGGAGAGAAACCUUUUAAAUGUAGUGAAUGUGGUAGGGCUUUCUGCCAAAAGACAUAUCUUAUCCGACAUUUUGUGAUUCAUACUGGAGAGAAACCUUUUAAAUGCAGUGAAUGUGGGAAAGCGUUUUCUAGACGCACAGGUCUAACUAUACAUCAGAGAUAUCAUACUGGAGAGAAACCAUAUGAAUGCAAUGAAUGUGGGAAGGCAUUCCGAUCAAGCUCUCACCUUUCAGAACACCGCAGAACUCAUAAAGGAAUAGGAUUUCAUGAAUGCAAUAUAUGUGGAAAGACAUUCUGGUCAAGCUCUCACCUUUUAGGACACAGGAGGAUUACUCAUGCAGGAAUAGGACUUCAUAAAUGCAACGUAUGUGGGAAAGCAUUCUCUGGGAAAUAUGAUCUUACUAUUCACAGUAGAAUUCAUACUGGAGAGAAACCCUAUCAAUGCAGUGAAUGUGGGAAGACCUUCCGCCUGAAGUCAAGUCUUACAUUUCAUUUCAGAAUUCAUACUGGAGAGAAACCUUUUAAAUGCAGUGAAUGUGGUAGGGAUUUCCGCCUAAAGACUGAUCUUAUCCGACAUUUUAGGAUUCAUACUGGAGAGAAACCUUUUAAAUGUAGUGACUGUGGGAAAGCCUUUUCUAGAAGCACAAACCUAACUUUACAUCAGAGAUCUCAUACUGGAGAGAAACCAUAUGCAUGCAAUGAAUGUGGGAAGACAUUCCGAAGAAAUUGUGACCUUUUAAGUCAUCAGAGGAGAAUUCAUGGAGGAAUUAAACUUCAUGAAUGCAAUGUAUGUGGGAAAGCAUUCUCUGGGAAGUAUGAUCUUACUAUUCACAGUAGAAUUCAUACUGGAGAGAAACCCUAUGAAUGCACUGAAUGUGGAAAGACCUUUUCCAGUAAGUCAUAUAUUACCAACCAUAGCAGGAUUCAUACUGGAGAGAAACCUUUCAAAUGCAGUGAAUGUGGGAAGGCCUUUUACAGUAAGUCAGAUCUUACCAGGCAUAAUAGGAUUCAUACUGGAGAGAAACCUUUUAAAUGUGAUAUUUGUGGAAAAGGACUUCCCUCUAAAUCUAGCCUGAACCAUCAUCAGAAAACCCAUAUUAAAGCGAAACCUUUUCUGUGCAGUGUUUGUGGGAAAGGUUUUCUUCGGAGAAAAACACUGACUGCACAUCAAAGAACUCAUGCGGGAAAGAAAACCUCUGAGUGCAGUGAAUGAGGAAAGAUCUUCCCUCGAAAGUCAUCUUACAUCUCACUCUACUAUUCAUAUUGGGGGAAAAAUCUUUUGAAUGAGAAGGCUUUGGGAAAGCCUUUCCCCAGAAAACAGCCCUGACUCUCCCCAUCAGAAAACUCAUUCUUGGGAAGAAACGUUAUGAGUGCAAUGUAUGUGGAAAGGCUACACCCACAAUAAAAGUCUUUCCUUGCAUAUGAAAAUACGUUGGUGGGGGGCUGGAGCUCACCAGCUGUGUGGUUUAGUAGAUGGAGAGCCAGACCUAUUGUGUAAUUAGAAAUCUUCAAUUCUUGAACUUUGUCUCCCAGAAUCCUUUUCAAUUCAUCCAUGUUACAUCCUCACAUUUGGUAAAUAAGUUGUGUGUAACUGCACCCAUUCUCUCCUGAUGGUGCUCUGUGCUCUCACGGCUAUGAGUGGGGUCAUGGGAAGCUUGCUUUCUUUACUGAGAUUAUUUUACUUAUUCUUCAAAUAUUUAUUAAUAAACUUUAUAAAAUAUAA